AUGGAUCCAUGUGUCCAUAUUAAAGGUCAGCUCACAAAAGCCGUCAACGUCUUAAAGACCAAGAUCUCUUCGGCUGAACAGGCAAUGGCCGACGACUACGUCAACGAUACGAAGUACGGACAAGACCUCACGAUUAUUCGAAAAGAAAAAGAAGGGAGUUCCCUGCAUCUCAAAAGCAAACUAAAAGGAAGAGCUAGAGACAUCAUCGCGUCCAUAGAGUUGUCCGCCGACAACUAUCAGGAAGCCAUAAAUCUAUUACAUAAUACAUACAACCGCCCAGAUGUCCUCCGCAAUAAACUCUUUGAACAACUUGAGGCCAUUGCUCCAGCAAACGAAACGCCCCUUGCCCAACGUACUACAUUGUGCAAGAUAAAGUCCCUUUGGCUUCAACUUAAGAACCUUAAGGAACAACCCGGGGCUACGGGCACAAUGCGACUCAUCAGGGCGAAAUUCCCACAGUCUACUAGACAAAAGGGAAGAGAUGACCACUGGACGGUGGAAGAAUUACUUGCAGCAUUCGAUCAAGUAAUCGAUCGUCUAGAAGUAAUGGAAGACACCGAUCCAACUUCCGAAAUAACAUCGUACACAUCAACAACCUACUACAAUUCAACACAAAAGCAGAUCUCCCAUGAGGCAGAUCAUAAUUCAAAAGAAGUCCCGGUGCAUAUUCUGUGUCCGCAAAGGACAAAGCACCACAUUGCAGGGAAGUCGAACAGCCCACGCAAGAAGAACACUAACGACAGAACUUCAACUCUGUUGAAGUGCCUUAGGCAAGGCCAUAGACGCUUGACUGUGGAGCACCUCCCUGCUACAAAUGUGGAGGCGGACACCAUGCCGCCCUCUGCUUCAAAGAAAGUCAGUCCCAGAAUUCGAGUCAAUCCAUUAGUCCAGUACGCAGACGUUACAGCAGCAGAGAUUCCAACAACAGCCGAUUUCCAUGUAUCAUUGGAGGGAGAGAUCAAGAUCCAACUCUCGCUCCCCAAGUCCCAGCCAACAGGAUCUCCUGCAGUAACGCGAAACAGAACACGGAGAGGAUCACCUCAUCGAAAGUAG